GAACCCAGUAUGGAGCCAGCCAGUAUUCGUACACUUUCCUAAGGUCCACCAGCCACACCUUAACACGCUGCGCCGUGAUGCGUGUUUGUAUGUCCUUGAACAUAAUGUUUGACGGGUCUGGGAAUUUACCACACACUCUCGGGACUUCGCCAACAUCCGCGACAAGGAUCAUUCUCAAUUGCACGGCAGUCGCUGACCCGCAUAUUUACGCAUGUGGGCGCCAAAAUGCCAAACCAAGGUAAUCAAGCUGCGCGCGCGGGUGGCAACUUCAGCGGCAAGCCGACCUAUAAGCCCUCAGCUGGACAGCAGCAGCGCGGCGACGCGGACCGGCCCCGGGAGUGGGGGGCCAUGUCAAGCGAAGAUGAUGGCGAGGUGCAGUUCGACGACCGCAAGUCGCCCCGCAAGAUUGGCUUCCUGGGCAAGUCGCCCAACGUGCGCAUCUACCCCAACUACUCCGAACCCUCCAUCUACCUGCAACUGCGCUUCGGCCGCGUGGCGGAGCUGGACGCAGCCGGCCGCCCUGUGCCCGGCCACGUCAUCCCCUCCAUGGCGCAGGUGGGCGCAGUCAACUUCACCAGCGCCAACAUGACUGUCACGGACGCGGCGGGCAAGAUCGUGAACUUGUCGUACGUCAACGUGACCCUGACUCCCUUCGACCGGCCUGACUUCUUCCCCGGCUGCAUGCCGCCCCCAAAUGACACGCUGGUUGGUGUGCCAGCCAAUGAAACGCAGCAGAAUCCCCUGCGCCCUCUGCACCAGCUGGACCAGCCCUCCGACAGGCCGCAGCUGCCCCCUGGCGCUUCCGCUCCCCCCACGCAGCCCCUGCCGUUUGCCCGCGGCGGCGGCUCUCGCCCUCAAGAUGGCUCCCUCCCCCUGAACGGCUCUUUUCCCUUGAACGAGUCCCUGCCAUUCGGUGGCACUUUGCCCUUAAGUGGAUCACGCCCUGUGGACGGUCCCCUUCUGCCAAACGGUUACCUUCCCCUGAACGGAUUCGGUGGUCUGCCUGCCGCCCGUGUCGACAUCAGCAUCCUGUUUGGACUGGAUGAGGAGCUAACCAUCAUGUACGGCACAGCGGCCGUUGUCGUCCCCAAGAACGGCCUCAAGUGGAGUGUCUCGGUGCGCGACUGGCCCUGGUGCAACCUCACCAACACACUGGCGGUGUCGCUGGACCUCUUCCUCGCCAGCAACGCCACCGCCAACUACACCAGCGGGACCGGCAGCAACGGCGAGUCCACGCUGGCCCUUCCCCUGGCCGAUGCCUACAACGCCUCCCUGGCAUUCUUGCCGUACGCCCUGGAGUCCCAGGACGGCGGCAUCAAGAUGCCCAUCAGCCUCACCAUUGAACAGGGCAACGCCACGAAUGGCAGCGCCAGCCACACCACCGUGCACAUGCAGCUGCCCAACCCCCAGAACUACAACCAGACCAGCAUCUACUACGACCCCACGAGCACCACGACCUCCGCGUACCUGGCCACAACCGACACCAGCAACAUCGAUGUCUCGAGCCUCGUGGCCACGACGCAAUCAGCGACCGACACGUCCGCGACAAGCAGCAGCAGCAGCACGAGUAGUGGCCUGAGUGAUGGCGCCAAGAUUGGCAUCAUAGCGGGCUGCGCCGUGGGCGGUGCGUUUCUCAUAGCGGGAGCGGUGGUGGCGGCGGUGGUAGCGAAACGACGGCGGGAGGGCUUCAAUAAAGUGGUGGCCCUGGGCCCCGAGAGCGCGUAACUGGAACGCAUCAGGCACCGGGCGCUAGCCUGACCCGUUUUGCGAUUGUACUUAGGAGCGGACUGAACACGGUUGCUGUGCGUUGGAUGUCAGCUGGGAUAUGCUGUCGAACUGUAUAACAUUGC